AUGUUUUUCACCAAGUAUAUCGUACUUGCGCUCUCUGCUGCUGUUGCCGCUGCUUCUGCCACUAAGGAGCCUCCUACCACCCUUCAAAUCGGUGUCAAGCAUCGCGUUCCCGAGGAGGAAUGUCUCAGGAAGACGAAGAACGGAGAUCAGCUUGCCAUGCACUACCGUGGUUCUCUGUUUGAUUCUGGAAAGGAGUUUGAUGCGUCUUACAACCGCGGAAGGCCUUUUGAGUUCACGAUCGGCAAGGGCCAGGUGAUCAAGGGAUGGGAUCAGGGAUUGCUUGAUAUGUGUAUUGGGGAGAAGCGCAAGCUCGUUAUCCCUCCUGAGCUCGGCUACGGCGCUCGCGGUGCUGGAGGUGUUAUCCCAGGAGGAGCCACCCUUGUCUUCGACGUCGAACUACUGGAGAUCAAGGGCUGGACUCCCCCGCCCAAGGAGGAACUCUGA